GUCCCUCCGGCGACCCCUCCAUCUUUUUGUCGUCGCGUCGUUUCUCUCCGCGUCUUCACCUGACAUCAUUUGUGCCACUGUCGCUCGCCCCUUGUUGCAACCGUGACACUUUGACGCCCUGAAAGCCAGUCCAGUGCCAGAGUGCCCGGCAACAUGAGCUUCGCGAUCGAGGUGCCCGGCGAGGCCAGCCCCCUCACCAUGCAGGAGCUGUGCAAGGCACUCGAGGCUGCCACCUCCAUGGACAACAGCCAGAGGCAGGCCGCCGGCAAACAGCUCAGCACCUGGGAGACCCAGCAGGGCUACUUCCCCUCCUUGCAGACCAUCUUCCUCGACAAGUCCAUCCCCCGAGAGAUACGCUUCCUCGCCAUAAUACAGAUCAAGAAUGGUAUCGACAAGUACUGGCGACACGUUGCCAAGAACGCAAUGAGCCCAAACGACAAGGCUCUCAUGAGAUCAAGGCUGUUCCAGGGAACCUUGGGUGAGGAGGACAGAGCCUUUGCGCUGCACAACGCCCUCGCUACUGCAAAGGUUCUCCGCAUAGACUACCCAGACUCAUGGCCCGAGGCCCUCCCAAGCAUCAUCGACCUGCUGAGGACCUACAAAAACGGCGACCAGAUACUCCUGGGCGGCGCCCUGGUCAUCCUCCUCCGUGUUGUGAAGGAACUCGGCACCGCUAGGAUGCGGAGGUCCCAGACCGCCCUCCAGUCCGUCACACCCGAGAUUGUCUACGUCCUCGGCGAGAUAUAUACAGAGAGAACCGCCCUGUGGACAGAAUGGCUGGCGAAUGGACGUGGCGACGAGGACGACGCAGAUCUGGCCAUGCAGAGCAGCCUGCUGGCAGCAAAGAUCCUACGGCGCUUGCUAAUCCUCGGCUACGAGAACCCGGUGAAGGAUAAGGUCGUCGUCGAGUACUGGUCCGUCACUCAGAACCACUUUGGCCAAUUCCUGGGAUACGUGAGCCACGAUUCCGCCGUGCCUGCUCCUUACCAAGACGUCGUGGGGAAGCACCUUCUCCAGUUCACAAAGUUGCACGUCGAGAUGUCAGAAACACAUCCCGCCAGCUUCCCCCUACUGACCAAUUCCAUCCCUCUUGUACUUGCAUACUGGGAUCUCGUCACCAAAUUUGCCGAGGUCUUCGACAAAUCUGGUGGGCUGAGACAGACAACGAGUACAGACGGACCAGGCGCCAAAUCCAAGGUCGAGGGCCCACUGCUCGAGAAGCUGGCCCUCAAGGGGUUGCUUCUGGUCAAGAGCUGUGUUGCUAUUGUCUGGAAACCAGUCCAGACCUUCAAAUACCUUAGCAAGGAGUUUCUGGAACAGAAGGACAGGGCCGUCCAAACGAUCAAGAACGAGCUGCUCAAGGAUGAACUUGUUAUGCAAAUCGUCAAUGUCAUCAUCACGAAGCUAUUAAUCUUCCGGCAAGCUGAUCUCGAGGCCUGGGAGACCGAUCCGGAGGAGUUUGAGUCUACCGAGCAGUACUUGGGCGAUGGUUGGCAGUUUGCUGUGAGGCCAUGCUCUGAACGAGUCUUCUUGGAACUGCUCGUGCAUUACAAACAGCUUCUGACACCGCCACUGUUGUCUUAUUUUCAACAGGCGACAAGCGCCGACUCAGACGUCAUAACCAAGGAGGCAAUCUAUACCGCCAUGGGCGCAGCUGCGCCUAAUAUCUCGGAAGCCUUCGACUUCGACAACCUUCUCGCGACGACACUUGUGCAAGAUGCACAAUUCACCGGCCCCUUGGCCAAGGUCUUGCGACGCAGGAUCGCCAUCCUGAUCAGUAUUUGGGUUCCGGUCAAGAUCGCCAACGCAAGUCGGCCACUAAUCUUUGAGAUCUACCGUCACCUCCUGAACGACAAGGACGAGAUCAAUGACGAGGUUGUCCGUCUCACCGCGGCGAGGCAGUUGAAAGAAGUCGCCGAUGACUUCGGGUUCCAGGGCGAAGUGUUUGCAAAAUUCGCGCCCGAUUUUCUCCCUCAACUCAUCAACCUGCUCCAAGAAGCCGUUCUCGAGGACACCAAGCAGGCGCUCUUCGAAACCCUUCGCGUGUGCAUACAGAGGAUGGAGGAGCACGUACUGCCCUUUGCUGAUCCCAUCAUGGCUGCGCUGCCGGCUCUGUGGGAGGCUUCCGGGGAUGCGUAUAUGGUUAAGGCUGCCAUCAUUGGGGUCCUGGCAGCAUUGGUGAACUCGAUAGGAGCUGAGUCGCAACGCUAUCAGCAAGCUAUGCUCCCCAUCAUCAACCAGUGUAUGCACGACAAUGCAAGUCAGGCAUUCCUCGAAGACAUCGUGGAUCUAUGGAGGUCGCUCAUCACUCAGAGCACCUCUCCAUUGUCAGCAGACUUGGUCAGCCUUCAGCCUCUGAUACUUCCUCUUCUGGAUCACGAGCCUCAGUUGGCCGAGUCGGCAUACGACAUCCUCCACGCAUAUAUCAUUCUGGCUCCCGAGGCCGUGUUGUCGGACAACCUGCGAAGAACCACGUUGGAGGCGCUCGUAGCACCUCUACAAGCAUCCGGCCGGAGCCGGGGUGCCGACGUCCUAACCAGCUACAGGAAGAUGGAGCUCAUGUUCAUCGCGGCAUCCGAGCUCGGCGGCUCCAACGGCGUGUCUGUGAUAGUAAAUGACCUCAUAGAGCUCGGCGUCAUCCCGCUCAUGCUGCAGCGCAUCCACACCGACUGGGAGCGCUCGCAGCUGACGGGGCCCAACGCGGCGAGCAAGGAGGCGCUGGAGUGGUCCCACAAGCUGGCCUACUUCAGCACCCUGGCGCGCAUCGCGCUCGCGGACCCGGCCCUGCUGAUCAACGCCAUCUCCACCGUCGGCGGCGACAUGACGCAGGUGUGGCCGUGGCUCUCGGCCCAGUGGUUCGGCUCGUUCGACAGCAUGGCCGACAUCGAGCGCCAGAAGCUGUCGUGCCUCGCCCUCACGCGCCUGUGCGAGCUGCCCCAGCCCGUCCAGGACCUCGUCUGCUCCAGCCUCCAGGACUACUUCACCAUGUGGCCCUCGGUCGUGCUCGAGUGCCACGACGGCAACGCCCUCGGCGAGGACGGGCUUUUCUGGGACGGGCCGCCUCAGGCCGAGGAGAGCACUCCGCUCGAGAACGCGGAGGCUGCCCACGUGGCGAGGGACCCCGUGCAUGCCCUGCGCACGUACGGGUUCGUCACCGAGAGGCUGCAGGGCUUGGUACAGAGGGCCGGCGGCGAGGCGGCCUUUAGGGAGAACUGGGUGGUCAACGUGGACAAGGACGUGUUGGACAAGUUUGAAAGGCUGGCUGCUGGGCCCAGCGCCCAGUAGUGACAUCGGAAUUGAGGAACUUCACAUCCUGGAGACUAUGUAUUCAAUAUAGACUUGAAGGGGCUGUGCUAGAAAAGGGAUAGCAUGAGAUACCUCGGCGUGCGUGUGAAUAAGGCAUGAAUAAAUGAGACCACGAUACAUACA